AUGGGUCGGAUUUCUGCCCCCCUAAUGUUGCCCACUACAUCUCAUUCAGACAACCUCAAUUUGAAGAAAUUCCUUCAAGAUGACUUUGAGGCCAAUGAUUUGAGAUCUCAGUUGGCGGCCCUUUUCCCUUAUGACUCCAAGACCAAAAUCCCGAAGCGUAUUUGGCAAACCUGGCGUGACCCAGUGAAUAGUCCCAAAUUUCCUGAAGCUUCGCUUCAUCACGUUGAGGAGUGGAAAAAGAGGGCAGCAGAGAUAGUUGGUGAAGAAUAUGAUUACUUCUUUAUCAGCGAUGAUGAGAUAAUGCCGUUAUUGAAACAGCUGUAUGGCACUGUUCCAUAUGUGAUACAGGCAUUCAUGUCAAUGCCAGAGCCUAUUCUAAAAGCAGACUUUUUCCGGUAUUUGAUUCUGUAUGCUAAAGGAGGCAUAUACUCAGAUAUCGACACUUAUCCUUUAAAGCCAUUCAAUGAGUGGUUUUUUCUGAGCCCUGCAGGCCUCAAAGAUUACAUGAACAAGAAAAUAGGAUAUGGGCCUGCUGGGAACCAAAACGGCCAAGGGAGCACCUUCGAACCUGGGUUAGUGAUUGGGAUUGAAGCCGACCCCGAUCGCUCGGAUUGGGCAGACCAUUACGCUCGUAGAAUUCAAUUUUGUCAGUGGACUUUUCAAUCGAAACCUGGCCAUCCGAUUUUGCGGGAGUUAAUUGUAAAUAUAACUGCUACCACAUUGCACAGUACAGACAAGCUUAUAUCUGACAUUAAGUUGCCGCUACACACGAUAGAAAAAUCACAUCAAGUUGAUUACAAUGUAAAUUACCGACACAAAAAAAUGCACAGCUUAGAUUUUGAUGUUGAAGCUAAAAAGACUUCGGAAAACACAGAUGGAACGGACGUUAUGAAUUGGACCGGUCCUGGCAUAUUCUCAGACAUUAUUUUUGAAUAUUUUGAUAACUUGUUGAGAACCAAUGACAAUAUAGCUUUGUACAAUGAUAACUUAUUGGAGGAAGAUCCCAAAACGGGAGCAAAGAACAACGUGGAAUCUACCACUCAUAAAUUUUACAAACAGAUUUCGACAUCUAUCAUUUCAGCUACUCCAAAACUUCAUUGGAGCUUUUUUUCUCUUAUUCAGCACCCAGUAAUAGUUGAUGAUGUCGUCAUACUCCCGAUUACUUGCUUCUCCCCAGGUAUCGAUCAUAUGGGUUCUCGGAAUGACGACGAUCCAAUGGCAUUUGUCAAGCAUUUGUUUGAAGGUUCAUGGAAGAGCCCUGGACAAGAAGUUUUGGGAGGCUGA